CGUGUAAGCACCCUUCCUUUCUGUGAAACAGCAGCAGCCAUGAGCAUGCUCAGGCUUCAGAAGCGGCUGGCGUCCAGCGUCCUGCGAUGUGGCAAGAAGAAGGUGUGGCUGGACCCCAACGAGACCAAUGAGAUCGCCAAUGCCAACUCCCGCCAGCAGAUCCGCAAGCUUGUGAAGGAUGGUCUGAUCAUCAGGAAGCCCGUGACGGUGCACUCCCGCGCCCGCUGCCGCAAGAACACGCUGGCACGCCGCAAGGGCCGUCACAUGGGCAUCGGUAAGAGGAAGGGUACAGCUAACGCCCGCAUGCCGGAGAAGCUGUCCUGGAUGCGCCGCAUGAGAAUCCUGCGCCGCCUGUUGCGCCGCUACAGGGAGUCCAAGAAGAUCGACAGGCACAUGUACCACAGCCUCUAUCUCAAAGUCAAGGGUAACGUCUUCAAGAACAAGCGCAUCCUGAUGGAGCACAUCCACAAGCUAAAGGCAGACAAGGCUCGCAAGAAGCUCCUGGCUGACCAGGCUGAGGCUCGUCGCUCCAAGACAAAGGAGGCCCGCAAGAGGCGCGAGGAGCGUCUCCAGGCCAAGAAGGAGGAGAUCAUCAAGACUCUGUCCAAGGAGGAGGAAACUAAGAAGUGAGCUGCCUCCUCCUAGCGCUAUUAAAGUGUACAGAACCACCCA